CAUGCAUGUGAUGCAUAGAAGUUCAAAAUAUUUUUCUAUAUGGUAGCACAAAAGUACAAACUCAUUUCUACAUCAACCCAGGUCUUUGCUUCACUGCUCACUUUCUACUGUUAUUUUCCCAUUCAUAGAGCUGGGCCCACAGUGUGUACACAUACCACACCUGCCCUAAAAGGUAAAACCUGGUUUAUAAGUUGCUGAAAUACAAAUAUGCACUAUAUAGCUACUUUGUUCUUCAAUUACUGUGUGCAGAUAAAGACGUCCUCAUGUUAGGUGCACCCUUUCGAAAGCGAUGUUACGCCCCAAAACUAAACAUUUGGGUUUUGUCUUUACAAUGUGCACCUGCCCAAAUGGUCAUUGUUUGCAAUGUCAUAUCGCCAUAGAACCUGGGCUGUAGUGUGUGAGUAAUAUUUAUAUGAUGUCACACUGGGUAUAAGAGCUGUGGCCAUGGCUCUGCCCUCAGGAUUGUGGAUUUAUCCCAUGACCGUCUACAACGCCAAACUAACCAAUUCAAGAGCCUUACACAAAUCUCAGGUGAGACCAGGUGAGAUGUGAAGCAACAUUUCCUCCAAACCAAGGUUGUCCAGUGUGCAACAUGGAAGAAUCUUCAGGAAUUCAUUCCACUACUAAUUUAAUUCCUGAAAUCAUUUUUGGUUGGAAUGAAAACCUGCAGAAGCUUCGAUGGCACAGGACUGGACAUAAAACAGGAUAUUUGCUUGGGGGAUACAUUGCUGCAAUAGGGCUAGAAAAUUUAAACAGAUAUGACAGUGACAAGCCAUAGGGACAGCGAUAAGUACAACUACCUGACUAUGAUAUUGAUAAAGAUCAUGGAAUUGAAUCAUUACGAUCUGUUUUUACAUUUCUCCUCUUCCUCAUAUUCUUUUUCUUCUACUUACAGCAAUGGCAUUCCAGUCAAAUGUGAUUAGCUCGCAGCCUCAGGUAACAGUCACACAGUACACGGUGUCCUCCGGAUUGUCAGAUUGGAGUUCAAAUGUGUGCGACUGCUGUGAAGACUGCGGCAUCUGUCUUUGUGCAACGUUUCUCCCUUGUAUCCUGGGCUGUAAGGUGGCUCAGGACAAUGGGGACAGCUGCUGCCUGCCCUUCCUUCCUGGCGCCAUGAUUGCUCUAAGGACAAGCAUUCGCAGCAGAUACAACAUUGACGGCUCCGUGUGUGAUGACUGGGUAAUCAUGGCCUGCCUGCCUCUGUGUGGACUGUGUCAGAUGGCACGGGAGCAAAAGAUGAGACGAUAAAAAGAAGGGGCGUUGAAUCUUAUUUCAAAUGACAAAGAAAUAGAAUAUGUGGAAAUUUACAUUCCAUGGUCUGGACAAAAUUUCUGUAUUUGAGAUUCAUGUUAGCAUGACCAUCAUUAUGUUAUUUCCACAGGACAUAGAACAGUGUUUACCAUGUAAGAAUAAUAGCCUGAUAAUAUAAAUGAUAAUGAAUUGCCAUUAUCCAUCUAUCCCUAUAUUAUAU